AUGGGCAUGGGUGACUGGGGUUCGUGUUCCAUGAACCGAAUAAUGGAAGUUUCUAACGAGGUUCCUGAGGUACCUGAUGAUAUGAUGUCGAACGCCAAACAACCAGCCCUGCGUGAGCACCAUGCCGGACACCACCGCUGCUUCGCGAUGUUACUGGCAUUUGAUGUUAUCUCCAUGCCGCCCUUUGAGCAGGCGGACGGGCAUCUUGGUUAUUCCCAGUAA